AUGAAGAUCUCUCUUCUGCAGCAGAUGUAUAAGGACGUACUGGUAGCCAUUCCACUAGCAAAGGAAAGCCAUCAUUAUACCUCUUUACUUAACCUGUGUGUCGAGCAGUCACCAGAAAGAGAUGAAUCAUGUAAUCGGCUGCGUCUGCCAUCUACUGAUAGUGGUAUCAGGAGCCAUCAGGACACUGAUAUGUCAGAUGUGGUUGUCCCUACAACAGAUGAUGUAUCGGAUAGCUUUGCAAACAUGAACUCCUCGUUCUCUCCACGAGAAGUGAUGCUGCUUCAGUUAACCUUGAUCCAGAUGAUGGUUGCUAAAGCAGAGUCUCAGGAAGUUGAAUUCAAUACGAGACAGAAGUAUUGUGAAAUCUUUGUCCUUCUUCUGAAGGAGGCAAAAAUUGACUCAAAAAUGAUUUGUCUGCUCAGAAGUCACGAUCAGCUGUUAUCUCACAUGGCUUCAAAAAGUUUAGCAUCUCUUGUGUAUUUCCAGCUGAAGGAAGAGAAUGUAUUAAAUGUCCCCUGGCUCACCUUUAGUUUGAAGACUCUUUCAGGAUUCCCUGUGAAUACCCGGGUAGCAGAAUGUCUGUGGAUUCUUACAACAAUUAUCAAGGACAUACUGAAAGAUAAAGUUUUACCCAAAGCAGGUAUUUUGAAGAUGCUGUUGGCUCCUCUUGAUCCUGUGCUUGAAGGAUUUUAUGAUUCCAUUCUGUUCCAUCAUUUUGACAGUCACCACUAUACUUCACCUUAUUCUGAAGCUACAAACAAUUUGAUGAGUUUUAUAGAUCUGCUUGAAGCACUUUUGGCUUCCAGAAUUGAAUUAGAACUACCGCUCAGAUGCCAGAGAGUAUUGUUUUUGAAAGUUUCUUAUGUCCUGAACAUCAUUAGCUCGCCAGUUCACUAUUUAAUCAAGAAGAAGUUCAUUAUGCUCCUUAAAAAAUGUGGCCUUCACAAGACUAGAGAAGAUGCUAAAAGUGGAUCACUGUUCUUACAAAACCCAUCUUUAUAUGAGGAUAUGCUUGCACUGAAUAAUGCUGUUCUGCAAGUUAUGAGUUUGACUUGGCUGAAUCAGAUCCCGCUCAGUGAAAAAGCCAGCUACUUUGGAGGCAGUGAAACUCCUCCUGGAGGUGAUGCUCAAGGUGGUUCUGACCAAACGGUUCUCAGAGCCUUAAGUUUGGUUGUGCUUAAAGCACUGGAAUUCAAGUUUCAGAACUCUGCUACAGAAGCUGAAAUCAAAGGAGACUUUCAGAGUUCCAUGUCCCAGCUGUUGACGUUCUGGAGGAGUCAUGUGAAGUCUUCCCCACAGUCUCACCCAGUUGUACAUCAUUGUGAAUGGCUCUCCUUGACUUUCAUAGAGCAAGAUGAUGAUAUGUGGGAAGCUGCUAAAGCUUUAUUACUCAUUUAUUUAAAAUUUGAUAGGUUACGGCAAGAUGCUGGUGAUAAUUUAAGCCCAAAAGAGACAGAAACCUGGAACUUCCUUACGCAUGCAAAUGGAUAUAAUCCUCACUGUAUCUUUUUGUUUUUUCUAGAAAAAGUAGCAUUUGAUUCUACAGUACUUCUAGAUUUUUUGAUUUCAUCAGAAACUUGCUUUCUGGAGUACUUGGUAAGGUACUUAAAGCUUCUUAGAAGAGACUGGCGUCAGUUUGUAGAUGUCUGUAACCAUUUUGAUACCAAACCUGGCACUUUCCAAUCAGUUUCUUCUGUCAAGCCACCCCAUCAAGAAAAACAAAUCUGUGUGACUGAGAGUUUGCAAAAUGCUUGUUGUGAACCAGAACCACAGACUCUGAUAUCUUUGGCUGCUUCUCACAAUUACUUUGUGUUUACAAGAGAGCAAGGUGAUAAUGAAAUUGCAGAGUCUAACCAGUCUAACUCAUUGAUAUGCACUGAUAGUACAUCCCUGCUGGGUUGUCGUCAAAGCCUUGUUAAUUAUGACAGCUCAGAAGACUCUGAAUCAGAAUCAGAUGGAAAAGAGUGCUUGGUAAACACGAAACAGGUGCCUUUAAAUAAUGAGGGUGAGAUGAGGAUAAGGGAAAGUGGUUGCAGCUACAUGGAUGAUGAACAGAAUACACUCAAGUCUGAAGUGUUGCCUCUGAAGCAGAAGGGAUCUAAUACCUCAUCCUGUUUGACUUCUGUGGCAUCUUUGGAUAAUGUCAUUCCCCAAAGAAUAAUGCUUUACAAAUCAACAAAAUGUUUGGAAGAACUGCAAGAAGCUAUUUCUAGGCUGCAGAGAAGAAAUCUUUUCCCAUAUAAUCCAUCUGCGUUGUUGAAGCUGCUGAGCCACACUGAGAAGAUGAGUAAGAACGUGAAUCCACAAUAA